AUGGCCACGCCUGAACGAUGCACUCUGACGCUUCCGCCAAUCGCUCUUGAUGAGCAUCAUCAUUCGCAUCAGAAUGCUUAUUCAAUAACACCCAUCAUUUUAACCCUUGCUGUUUUUCAGAGAGAGUUGCCUAAUAUUUGCCAACGGCUUUUUCAGACAAUCGGAUCACAACAAUCCGAAGCAACUUAUCAACGCUGUCUGAAAUUGGAUCUCUUGGAUGCAGGAGUGGAAAAGGUGCACUUGGAGGUAGAGAUUCCUCUGACCUAUAAAGGGGUUGUUGUUUCCUGUCGUCGAUCCGAUAUGAUCGUGGAACUUGCUUGUGGCGGACGAGCUCUGUUGGAGUUCAAGGCUGUGCCAAAUGAAAUGACAAUUGAGCACCGGAGACAAAUAGAGUACUACUUGCAUCAUGCCGAUAUCAAUGAUGGUUACUUGAUCAACUUCCCCCAUGACGCUGGUUUUGCAGACGUCACUGACAAAUCGAAAUUUGAAUAUAGUGGUCUUGCUGGUAUUACCCAACAACUUAGCAGCUUACAAUUGGGUGGACCCGUACUGCGCCUUCGGAACCAUCCAAGUAAUCGUGAGGUGGAAGUUGUCCAUAUCCGUAGAAAGAUCAUGGGUGCUGAGGAACAAAACGCUGCUCGAAUAACCAUGGCCUCGGCUCCUCCACCAAUAAGGUUGGGAAUCACCAAGAGUGGUACGAUCUGUAAGAUUUGUAAGAAACAAAACCGAUUAUGUCGCCUUCACAUUCAUCAAGCGACAUAG